AUGGAUGCUUUUGUGAAACGGCUUCCGAAAGCUAAUGCUGAGGGCCAAGAUGCUGGGAACUCGAGUCGCCGUGCAUCAACUGUCGCGGGGAGGCCUUCCAAGCGGAUGAAGAGGGACAAUGAUUCAGCUUCGGAGACUGAGGAGCCGAGUGCGCUUUCAGUCGAAGACGAUCACCCGAAAGUUUUAUCUACAGAGAGAGUUCUGGAUGAAAAGGACCAGCGCCGGAACAAGGACCGAGUCACUGAUUUCGAGAAUGCCCUGCCGCCAACCGAGGCCAACCAGGAAGCAAUCGAAGAAUAUGAGGCUCUCAAAUCUUCUCAGAACAAUGCCGGAGAAGAGAGUGCAGAAGGAAAGCCUGCUCCGUUAUGGGUGAAAGGAAGAAGCUCGAUCUAUGUCGAUGCAUUCAACCUUGCGUUAGAUACGGUCUUGGAGGAAGAAUCCUCCCUAUUCAGUAGCAAAGAGAGAGAGAUUUUCAACCAAUGGAGAAAAUUGGACUACCAGGCUCAAUACUUGUACGUUCGGCUGUUUCUCCGGAAAACUGCGGCGUGGCAUCGUUCGUCUCGUCUAGGGUAUUUCAACGAUAUCUCGGAUCAUAGCAGUGCCAUUGCUACGCUUCAGGAACGUCGACCUCUACCUCCAGAAGACGAAGCAGAGCCGCUCGUAGACAGCCAGCUGCCAUCUGUGAACCUGGAAACCCCCGAUGAUUGCGAUACUUUUUCGUUUGCCGAUGCCUCGGAAGACCAUCUCGAUACAGUCGAGGAAGCCGCCUCGCUCCUGUACCUCGACGAGCUCAAAGCUCUAGCCAAAGAAGCCAAAGUCCAAGGCAAGACGAAGGCGGACAUGAUCAGGGCCUUGUGCCGGAUGAGCCAGCAACAGACCGGCCUAAUGGCCCUGGGUAUCAGUAGACAGAAUAGCGGGGAUUCGAGCACCUCUGGAAGAAACGACCCUGCCAUAUCAGCAGUAGGCAAGCUGAAGAGGGAAGAUUCGAAUCGGGAGCAGCACUUUCUAGCCAAGAUUCUGGCCAUUGUUGGCUCGUGCAUUCGAAUAUCGCCUGUCACAUUCAAAUUGUUUGAGAGGGUUCACUUGGUCUUCUACAGAUCUACAGAAUGGACGGAGAAGUCCCUGACGACGAUUAUACUGGCCAAGAUUGCUAGACGGAGUUUUCCCGAGUACCUCGUCUGUCGGUCUUCAACAAUAUUCGCGUCUCGAUCUCACCUGUUGGAAUAUGAGGCGGCGAUACACAUGGAAGCGGAAGUGGAUGGUGUGCUUGAAUCGAACGGACCCCUGGAUGAAAGAGGCUCACAGAAAAUUCUCAACAUCUUUGAGCGGGUGUAUCCCCGCUGGAAAGCCUUGGUUGAAGAAGAAACGGAGAAAGAGCGGCGAGUCUACGAAAUGGGGGAGGGCGCCUAUCUCCGGAGAUUCAAUCCCGCUCAUUCAUACACGCGAAUCCUCGUCAAGGCCGCAUUUGUCUUUGGCAAACUAAAGCAGUACCUCAAAGAACAUGAAUUGUUGACUGAGUUGCUGGAUCAACGGCUUUUUCACCUGGCUCGGAGGGGGGCGUGGUAUCAACGCAAGGCUCUACUGGAAGAACACUACAUGGCCAGUCUCGACCCAAACCCUGUCACCAACGACUUGGAGCAACAGAAGAAGCGAUGGAGAGCCAUAGCAGUCUCGACCUGUGAGACAGGACUUCAAGACCCCGAUUGCCAUCUCAUACACCAUUAUGACCUACAGAAGCGAUUGGUCAAACUGGAAAAGAGGCUCCGGAUUCCCAAACGCCUUCAACAUGACUUUGGACAUGUACGACUUGUUGACCCCUUGGAGCUAUCCGUUGAAGGGAUCCAACUGAAGCGAACUACCCCACCGAGGCCAGGAGGACAGGCUCCAAGCACCAGAACCAUUUGGUUGGACGAAUCAAACUCUGGCGGUGAGUGCAGCGUGGAAGAGAUGUGUCUUGGUCACUUUCGGUCACAGGGGUGGAAGGGUUACCAUGCUGAGGGGGGUAUCAUUCGUACCCUGUUUGCGUAUCUGUUCUACGACAUCUUGUUUUUCUACAUCCCCAACGUUUUCCAGACGGCCUUUCAGACUUGCCCGCUGGACUUGCACACGGACGCCUUCUUCCCUGCCCGGGCCUCGGAGAUCAACCAUCGACUCGUGGAGAUUGCCAAUGGAGAGGGCGAACGGAUCCUUCGUGGGGUAUGGGACAAGGAGCAUGAACGACGAACCAGUGUGAUAGGGCUCAAUUGGGAUUUCGAGGUGGAGGACUUGACGGAACUAGUGCGCUGCUUCCAAGGUAGCGCCUUAGCCGCUUUAUGCAAGGUGAUGGCACAGGAAUACAGACAGAGAGGUGGAGGCAUUCCGGACCUUGUCCUUUGGCGACUGGCGGAGAGCGACGAAGCAGACGCCCCAGACGAGGAGCCGGGAAGGGCAAAGGGCGAGGUCAUGUUUGUAGAGGUCAAGAGCGCAAACGACAGAUUGAGCGACACGCAGCGCCUAUGGAUCCACGUCCUCACUGGAGCCGGGGUCAAAGUCGCUCUUUGCAACGCCGUCGCAAAGGAGAUCAGAGAAGUGGACUAGUAGC